ACAAAAAAAUCAAAUAGUUCGUAGAACAGCGGCGAGCGAGACGUGUGUCGCGUUCUUGUCGUGACUACUGUGCGUUCGCAGUUCUUGUAUUUUUCGUAGUAUUUUUACGAAAACCAACGAUUUAUAGCGUGUUUUUUUGUGUGCCGGCAAGCCUUUCUUGCAUGAACUUUUCAAAGAAGCUGUAAGUUAUUGACUAUACAAAAUAAACAGGGGUGUUGUGUGUUUUCGUUCGGUGUGUUGAAUAAAAUAGAUUGUCUUGUUUUCACCCGAAAAGAAUUUCCUACCAGCUGUUUGGGCAUAUUAUGCUUCAUAUUGUAAUUGCCAGCUACGGUGAAGUUCCUCUACGGGUAUGGGUCGGCAGUCGACUACGAGCCAAGUGGAAUGACAGACAAACAAACACCGUUGAAACGCGAUAAACAAAGUGAUAUUACAGUUUUUCUUCAGUAUUAAUGAAGAAUAGCUGAACGAAGAUAAGAAAAAAAAAACACGCAUUUAUAUCAGUUGGAUUUAGUUGGUCUUGCGGCUAGGCAGUGCGGAGUCGUUUGAGCAGUGCAGUGCCGAUAACGACUAAUGUUUAAAAACAAUUUGACCGUUAAAGUGUGUAUCGAAACGUGUGUGUGUGCUACAUUGUGUACGGGGUUUAAAGAGUUAUAGUGUUAAUAAUGCGGGCGGAGGAGGUGUGGUGCAGUUUGGCAGCACUGGGUUGGUUCGCUGCACUCGUGGGGUGCCACGACCCUGGCAGCGAGCUGGGUUCCGUGAGGUACGGGCCCUCGGAGGACAGGAUUGACACUAUCACCAAUGCUAUGAUUAAUUUGACGUAUGAGGACGAACACCGUGUUGUCUACACUGAGAUCUCAGAGACCGGCAAGUAUGGCGAGGGUUACAUCGGCAACGCUCGCGGCAUGGCGGUGCACAUCCGCGCCCAGGGCCCAGGUGGGGAGAGGGACCACACGGGCUGCACGUGGCCGCUGCUAUCGGCUGUGGCGCCCAUGGAGCCGCUCCCGCAGGAACCCUGGAUAGCGGUCAUCAGGAGAGGGAACUGCAACUUUGAAAUUAAGGUGCAAAACGCGUGGCGCGCCAACGCGUCAGCCGUGCUGGUCUACAACGACAGGGACAACCCUCAGCUGGAGAAGAUGAAGCUGUCCACGGAUAAUGGACGUAACAUCAGCGCAGUAUUCAUAUACAAGUGGAAGGGUGAGGAGAUAGCUCGUCUCCUGGACAACGGCACGCGGGUGAUGGUCGGCAUCACCCCGGGGAGAAAGUUCACUAGUGUCGGCAACAGCAUCAACAAAACAUCAGUGCUGUUCGUGUCAAUAUCAUUCAUAGUGUUGAUGGUGAUCUCGCUGGCGUGGCUCGUGUUCUACUAUAUCCAGCGGUUCCGGUACAUACACGCCAAGGACCGGCUCUCGAAGCGGCUAUGUUGUGCAGCCAAGAAGGCGUUGUCUAAAAUACCUGUUAAGAGUUUAAAGACUGAAGAUAGAGAGGUGCAGGGUGACGGCGAAUGCUGCGCCAUCUGUAUAGAGCCUUACAAAGUGUCCGAGACACUUAGAUCUCUUCCUUGUAGACACGAGUUCCACAAGAUCUGCAUCGACCCCUGGCUGCUGGAGCACCGCACGUGUCCCAUGUGCAAGAUGGACAUCCUGCAGUACUACGGCUAUGUGUACACGGGUAGUCAAGAAAGCAUGUUGCAAAUCGAGGUCGAGGAGACCCGCAGCCGCACGCUGGUCACCAGCAGGACCCGGCAGCCGCUCACUCUGUUGACGAGCGACAAUUCGUACUCGGAGGCGGCGAGCGAGCGCAGCAGCCGCGCGUCCUCUCCCGACGAGCUCGUGCCCACGCUGCGGCGGGAGCCCCCCGCCUGCCCGCUGGCGUACAGCGCACCGCCGUCCCCGAGCAGCGGCCGCGCGGAGCCCGGCCCCCCCCCCGCCGACGCCCCGCAGCUCUGAGCUUAUUGAUUAGAUUGGCUAAUCAGUGCCAAACAUACCUUAUCGACCACGACCACUUCCCAAGGAAAAUACUGGCCACAUCGACUUAAAAUUCGAGAAAGAAAUUUUGAAUUUCGAGGCAUAGACAAUGGCGCGAACCGAGUGAAGUGAAAACGUGUGUGGAAGACAGUGAUGUGUUCAUAACAAAAUAAUUUUAAAAAAAUACUCAAAAAAAAAAAACUAAAUUGGUUCGGACUUCCAGUGAGUUAGGUGGAUGACACGUGAUAUUUUUUCUAUUUUUAAGGACAAUAUAGUUUUGUAUGGAUAGUAAAUAGACAGAAAUCCGCUUCUCCGCCUAGUCAACGAAAUAGUGUUAUGUUCAGCCUACUUUGUGAGAACAAUGCCAUCUAUGUGAGACCACUAGACUGUAGUCUGCAGGUUUUAUUUGCUGAUUCAUCAAAUGAUUGUAUGCCAAAUAUGAACUUAAAGCAAUGCAUCGAUCCAAAACUCAGUUUUAUAUUGAUAAAAUGGUGUAAAUUGUUUAAGGCAUUAUGAAAUUUCAAGUCUAAAUUAAUUGAACAAUUUUAUAAGUCGGCAUGUGAGGCACGCUGAAGUCUUAUUUUCAUUUCGAUACUAGUAGUGACAUCAAAAUGGUUUCUUCGUCAUCGUCAAAAAUUUCAUAUAUAACGUCAAGUUUUACAAAACAUCCAUUGACAACAACAAAAACGUUUAUAUGUGAUUUUUUUACGAAACUAUCAUCGCGAACCUUUCAUGCCAAAUAGUAUCGCAAUUAAAAUUAGGCUUGGUAGUAUCAUGUGUAGAUAUGAAAUGAUUGUUGACAUGUAAUGCAACCUUUUAGAAAUUCAGAAAAGUUUGUUUUUACUUUGGUGAUGUUUACAAAAUCGUUUAUAUCUACAUUUUGAUACUUAAGACUAAUGAAGUGAAUGUUAGUUAGAAUAUAAGAACUGUGGAUUUGUACAUAAAAUAAUAAAAAAAAACGUUUUACACAAUAAAAAUAGAAAGGACGACCAAUUCACACGAGUCAACAGCAAUAUUUUUCCUUAUUUUUUGUUGUGUUUUCUUCAAAGGUCUAUAUUAUUUUGUAUUAUCCAAGUGUUGCAAGUUUAAAGUUUCUAUAAAAUAUCUUCUUUUUUAUUUUUCUGCAAUUUUGUGGGUUGGUCAAAUUCAACCAAAGUGGUGGAUGUUACAGAGGGUGAAAAUCAGACUAGGUGCAGGCUGUCGAGCCAAUGUACUUAAAAUUGGUUGUUGAUCUCAUAAUAUAUGCUAUAUACAGGCAAACAGUAUACAAUAAAAAGAUUUUACACUUUUUGUACAUUGGUAUAUAGAUUGAUCAUGUUUAUUUUAAAAAAUGAAAUCUUUUUACUGUUUGUUUAUGUUAGCAAAAGUUAAUAAAACCAAUGAACUUUCUGUACAUGUUAAACUUUUAUUAUAUAAAUUACCCUACAACAUUUUGGAACAUUUAUGACUGUAUUCUAGAUUCCUUAUGAAAUCUUUAUUAUGACGUUAUGUUACGAAACGGGAUGAAAUUGAUGCAAUUUACUUUUAUUUGACGUUUUACAGAGAACAGAAGUUUUCUGUAGAAUGUAACGACUAAAUUCUCAUGAAAAAAUUAGAACCUAGUUUAAUUUAAAUUUGUUUCAGUCUACUGACAUUGAAAGAGUUGAGAAGUUUCAAAUAAAACACUUUUAACUUUUUUAAUGAAUAACAAGCAAUUAAUUUAUGUGUUUCAUGAUUAUGUAUUUUACUCUCUUUACAUAACGCUAGUAUCAAUAACCGAUCAUUGUAGCAGGAUGCUUCUUUCUUUGUAGCUUAUUAAUAAAUAUAACAGAACUAUAUUUUGUCUUUUGCAUGUUAAAAUAAUUUAGACAAUGUUAUAUUGUUUAAAGGUUAUUUUCGCUGACUAGCAUUAAUUUUCAUAAGCAUGUGUAUGCGGUAAGUCACUCGUGAAUUUUGCGACUAAGUUAUGAAGUAUAGAGGAAGGCAUCGCGACUUAGGACUGUGACUAUAAGAUAAUAUUUUUUAUAAAUCUAGUCUGAAUUUGGUCGCUUUAAACUCAAUUAAAAACUUUAAUAAUAGCUUCAUAAAUCAUGUUAAUUGUGUUUAAGCGGCUUCGUCCAUUCAAACUUUAUGUUAAGUAACAGAAUAUUAUUUAGUAUUUUAAGUGAGCAUUUAAGUUAUUACUUACAGUACACCUAAGGUACUUUACGUCCGAUUGGAUUUUAUAUUAAAAAGGAGACUGGUAUGUACUUUAUAAAAACAGAUAACGUGUAAAGAUAUUUACAUUCCCUUAUGAACGUUCAGUAGCGUGCUCCGCGUGUGUACAGCAAGUGUUGAAAUAAAAACCAAAACAGUAUUGAAA